GAGCAAGGUUGGCUUCUGUCUGUUUCUUUCUCUUAAUCCGUAAAUCUUCUGUAAUCAGGAUGAGAGGGAGAGAGCACGUUGCCUGACUUAGGGCAGUAGAUUCUAUGUUGGGACCAGGCUGAUGAGGCAACCUAAGUGGCCUGCAGAAGAAAUUGAGGGAGGGGGGGAGGCUGAAGCUGUGCUCAGGUUGGGGAACUUAACCCUAACCAGUCACUGGCGUGCAUUCACAACUAGAGCCAAGAGAAGAUGUUUUAACACCCAGGAGGAAUAAUAAAACAUCAGAAAAGAGAGAAGGAGGCCUGAACCAUGGAUGGAAUCUUCUGGGUAUGGGUGGUGUGCAGUGGUCCUGGCCCCCAGGUGUGAUCCCUGACAGAAGGGGCCAAGAUGGCAUCUGCAUCCCAUGACCCAGUCUUGGGUCCUGGCCCGUCAGAUGACGAAGAGAUCCUGCUGGAUGAUUCUGACUCAGGAAGUGUGCUUUCUGAUGACUCGGUACUCCCUGAGUAUGAACAAAUAACAGUCUAUAAGGAGCCACCUAAAACACUGUAUGAAGCCUGUGCAAGGAACGACCCCACCUCCCUGAGCAGCAUGCUGGAGAGAGGGCUCACCAAAGAGGAGGCCAUGGAGUUAGACAUCAAUGGCAGGAAUGGACUGAUGUUGGCUGUGUCCAAAGGUUUUGUAGACAUUGUCACUGUUUUACACAAAUGCCCAUUAAUAGACAUCAACCACCAAGAUAAGGACGGUAACACUGCUCUCAUGAUCGCUGCACAGGCCGGAUUCAUCACUAUCCUUAACUACAUCCUGAACUACUACUCUGGUGUGGAGACCGAGAUCAGAGACCCCCGCGGCUUCACGGCCCUCAUCAAGGCAGGCCUGCAGGGCAGAGAGGAGUGUGUGUCCGCCCUCCUGAUGCACGGUGCAGACAUGCAUGCGGUGGACCUGGUCCAAGGCAGAGGGCUUAAGGACUGGGUUCUUCGGACUGGAAGGUUUGAGACCCUGAACAGGAUACGCCGUCUGCAGGCUCAUCCUGUUGCUAAGCAGUUCUAUGAGAGCUACAAGCCUGAGUGGCCUGAACUGAAGCAGCUGGUAGAAAAGGCCUCUGCCCCCAAAACAGCCAGUCAGAAGUUGAGGCAGCGAUUAAAAGAAAGCCUUUCUUUCAGCUUCCCACAUGACGCCCAAGACAACGGGGUUAUGGACCAUAUGGUUCGGAUAACCACGAGCAUUCACAGCCCUCUAGUAGUCACCGGAUCCCGGCCACUCUGUCCAACUAGUCCUCCUGAGAUCGGCAAGAGAAGGUUCGCUGUACCAGAACUGCUAGAAAAGCACAGCAGUAAGGAGCUGGAGGAGAGCACUGUGUCCCACAGCAACGGAUCCAUCAGCUCAGCUUCUCCAACAGUUUUGUCCGCCACCUCUGUUUCUCUGACAUCCUGCUGCCAGGAAGCAGAGCGCAGAGAGAGCAUGGCAUCAGGCGGCGUGAGAAGCUUCAUCCCCCGCAGCAUGGCGCACAGGAACAGCAUAUUCCCCUCAGGCUGCAUUCCUAAGAUUGAAGUGACAAAGUCUGGGGAGCCCACACCAAAAAAGGAGAAAAAGAAGAAAAGGCAAAAGGGCUACCUAGAGCCGCCUGUCUGGAAAUAUAAGGAGGCCAAAGAGGAGAAAAAGAGAGAGAAGAAAAGACAAGAGGAGGAAAAAGAGCAAGAGAAAAAAAAUAAGGGGUCCAAAAAGUCAUCCAGCAAACACUGAGUCAUCAGGAUAAUAUUUCACUGUGAUAUGUCCAAUGAAUGAAAUGAAUAAAACAGUGAGAUAACAGCGACUCUGAUUUCUGUUACAUUACAGGAAGUCAUCGCAAAGCAGCUUUCAGAGUGGGAAUCUGACAAAAACCCAUGAAUGGAUUCAAACCUGCUCUGAAUGGAACCGAGAUCCACUGGAUUGAUUCACUCCAGAUUUUUCAGCAGAAGUUUUUGAAAUCAUUGGCAUUAAAUUGUGUUUUCUAAAUCUUAAUUUAAACACGUUUAAGCAUUUCAUAUCUCAGCCUUAGCGGAUCACAGAGUUUUUUGGUGUUGUAUUUCUGCCCUUAUCCUUCAGCUGCAAUGAAAUACAGCUUUAAAGAAUCUAACAAAGGUUUGGGGGAAAGCUCUUGGGAAUCUUAAUACGAAACAAAAAAGCCAAUAGCCUUUACUGUAACAGAUUGCAGUAUGAAUGUAAUAUGAACAAAGGCCUUUAGGAAAAAUAUAUAGUAGUAUUUAAGGUUUAGUUUCCCAUAAUGAGGGAACCAAAAGAGACUUUUUUAUAUCUACAUUUCAAAUAACAGACAGUAGAGGUUUAUUUUUAUGUGGUAUAGAAAAUUGUUCUUUAUUGCCCCCAUUUUCAGAGUACGCUUUACUUAAAGCUGAUUUCAUUAAACCAUGGAAAAUGUUGUAAUCUGAUAAUGUAAUUGAGUAUUAACAGUUCAACAUAUUAUAGCUGAUUGGAGAAUCUCCACAGUGGCAGCUUUUGGGAGGUAUUUUUGGUCUGCAGGUUCAAUGGCACACAUGGUUCAAACCAGCAGACAACUUUACAUGGAAGAAGUUAAUGCUGGUUCUGAUAUCUCAGAAUACAAAGUACAUACACUCAGGUUGUUGAAUGUGGAGCUGCUCAGGCACAGACUGCUCAGGCUCAACAUGGACUCCUGUCCUCUAACAAACAUCAGCUAACGUGACGCGAGCAUCAGAGCUGGACCACAAAGAUGAAUGCUUGGUCUACUGAAACAUGUGUUGUUUCCUAUCUGGGGGAUAGUUGGGACCUUAUGGAACCAGAAUGCACAAUGGAUGAAAUCUAAUUCAGAGGAAACAGCGGGAUGAUUUGGGUAAAGUUUUUCUGGAAAAGCAACAAUUUUGUCGAUGUUACUUUGAAGCAAACCACCUUCAUAUCACACCAACCAUGUACAGAGAAGCACAAAGAGCUUGUGGUUCUGACUAAGUUCCACACGGAGAUGAGCUGGGAAAAAAUAGUCAAUCCAUCGAUUCCCAAUCUCACAACUUAAAGGACACAAAGGGUCUACCACAGCACAACCUCAGGGGGACUAGUGCAAUCCAUGCCAAAUAAGCUGUGAUGGCUGCCAAAGGAGGACCAACCCACUGUUCAGCAGGCAAACAUCUUAUUCCUGACUAGUGUUCCUAUAUUUACCCCGCUGCAGCUUGUAGCAUCUACCAGCGCUUUUUAUAAAUCUUUUACAUGUUUCUGAUCCUCCAAAACAUUUUUGAGUCAAAUGUGAGUCAUUUAACAUGGAAAAUCCAUUUAUCUUUACAUUUGGUUUGGGAUCGAAUAAGGACUGCUUUACUGCAAGUCUUUAGUCAUCAACAGCUCUUUGUGUUUUAUAAGCCAAGGUGGACAGAUACCUUUUAUUUGCACACUUACUCUUUGAUAAAUAAAAAUAAGCAAGGCUUUAUAUUAUUCAAAGAACCUAUGUAAGAAACUGCCUGCAUCAAAUAUUACUCAGGUGUAUUGAAAUAUUAAAACAGAUUGUGUCUAGGAUUUUUGUUUUUUGUGCACUGGAUAAGUGUUAACAUUCUAUGUUUGUAUACAGUAUACUACCUAGAACAGCAAAUAUUAACAUGUGUUAAUG